ACGAUGACAAUUCCUGCGCUGAUGUCAAGUGCUCCAUGGGCGAGUACUGUCAGAAGGGGAAAUGUAUUUGUUAUGAUUCUUGCCCCCGAGAUUGGUCGAACCACCAAUCAAAGGUAUGCGUGGACGGUGUCACCUACUCGCAUCUCUGUGACUUCUACCGAAACAUCUGCUACUGCCGGACCAACGACGCACGUUGCGGUGAUGAACGAUACUUCCACGGUCACCGGGCCUCGCCUGACUCCAUCAUUCGCUACUAUGCUGAAUGCCGAGAUUUAACUACGCUCUGCAACUGGUCUGCACGCAAACGCUAUUUCAAGUGCCAGCUCAUCCGGUGGUUCCAGCAACUCCUGCUACCAAAUGUAAGUAUGCCUUUUUGUUGUUCAUGCACCCUCCACGCGUGA